AUGGAUACAGCAAAGGAAAAGGCAUUAAAACCAACCCUUCAAUUGAAUUUGACCACAUUCACAGUAAAAAAUGGUGAAGAGUUGAAAGUAGAGAUACCAGUGCUGGGGAAUCCAACUCCAAAGAUAGAAUGGGAAAAAGAUGGACUGUCUGUUAAGGAGACAUCCAGGUUGGAGAUCUCAACUACAUCAUCAAUGACAGUUCUUCAUAUCAGACAUGCUGCGAGGGAGCACGUCGGUCAAUAUUCCAUCAAAGCGAGCAACACUGCUGGAAACGUUACAGGAGAAAUCACAGUGGUGGUUUUUGAAAAGCCAGACCCACCCAAAGGGCCCGUGAGGAUUGAUGAGAUCAGUUCUGAUUAUGUGUCCAUUUCCUGGGAGCCACCUGAAUACACAGGAGGCUGUCAGCUUGACAACUACAUAGUAGAGAAACGUGAAAUUAUUAACAUGGCUUGGCAGAUUGUAUCAGCAACGACAGUGCGAACUGCAAUCAAAGUCACCAAACUAAAGACUGGUAAUGAGUAUCAAUUCAGAGUGUUUGCAGAAAAUAGGUAUGGCAAGAGUACACCAAUUACAUCUUCAAUUGUCCUCGCACAGUAUCCAUUUAGUGUUCCUAGGGCUACUGGUACGCCUUUCGUGUCCGCAGUGACAAAGUACAGCAUGUUAGUCGAAUGGGCGCCCCCAGGAGAAGAUGGAGGCAGCCCAGUCACUGGCUAUUAUUUGGAAAGAAAGGAGAAAAACAGCAUCUUAUGGACCAAGCUGAACAAACUUGCCCUACCUGAUACCAGACUCAAAACAACUGGCCUGGAAGAAGGCAUUGAGUAUGAAUUCAGAGUUUUUGCUGAGAACAUUGCCGGACUCAGUCCAUCAAGCAAGAUAUCAGACUGCUAUGUGGCGAGAGAUCCCUGUGAGCCACCUGGUAAACCUGAAGCUGUUGUCAUUACUAAAGAGAACGUCACACUCCGAUGGGCCAAACCUGGCAAUGAUGGUGGCAGCUCCAUCACAGGCUAUGUUGUGGAAAAGAAAGAGCUUCCAAAUGGCAGAUGGAUGAAAGCAAACUUCACAAAUGUAAUUGAGAAUCAAUUCACAAUUACAGGCCUGACAGGAGGCCAAAGUUAUGAGUUCAGAGUAACUGCAAAGAAUGGUGGAGGCGUCUGGAGCAAACCCUCUGAAAGUAUAACCAUCUUUGCUGAAGAUGUAAUUGAAGGACCCUCUGUGGUCAUGGACUCCAAGUUUAAGAGUACAAUUGUGGUUCAGGCUGGCGAAACGUUUACAAUUGAAGCUGAUUACUUUGGAAAGCCCCUACCCGAUAUAAGGUGGCUGAAGGAGGAGGUGGAAAUAAACAAAGCUACACCAAGAACAGAUGUAAAAAACACGCUCACCCAUACAACACUAACUAUCAGGGACUGUACACGGACAGAUGGAGGACGGUUUGUACUGAGUCUCACAAACAUUGAUGGAACAACAUCGAUGGACCUCUGA